UCCACUUACUGUUUUUACAAUCUUUUCUUGCUUUUUGGGUUCUUGUUUUUUUAUGGAUUUGAGUAUAAGCUAUGUAAAGUUUUUUGUUCAGUCUGAAUGGGAUGGCAGUAGAAAAAGUUGUGUUUGUUACAUUAAUCUUGGAGUGCAACAUGAAAGGUAUCAGUAACAGGACUUAGAAAGGGAGAAAUUAGGCUUUCUCAAAUGUUCCGAUGUGCUGCCUUGUGGGCCACAACAGCACAUUUCUAUAUGGCCAGCUGCUUAAGGACAUGUUGUGAGCCUCUGUUGUACAGUGAUUGGCUGAAGGAUGCUGACAAAUCGGCCUAUCGUGAGUCGAACAGACGGAGGCUGCUCGCGAGGAGCUAUGGCUGGAAGCUGGCUGACAGCUUGCUUUUUUCCUUCCUCAGGUGCUGAUGGCAACUCCGACCCAAUGAUCCUGGAGCAGUAUGUCGUGGUAGCUAACUAUGAGAAGCAGGAAAUCUCUGAAAUCAGCUUAAAGGCUGGAGAAGUUGUGGAUGUCAUUGAGAAAAACGAGAGUGGUUGGUGGUUCGUGAGCACAGCAGAAGAGCAGGGCUGGGUACCUGCUACAUAUUUGGAGUCUCAGAGUGGAACCAAAGAUGAUUCGGAAAUCAGCACAUUAAAGACUGGGGAAGUAACUAAGAGACGCAAAGCUCACCUACGGCGCCUUGACCGGCGAUGGACGCUAGGCGGGAUCGUCAACAGGCAACAGAGUCGAGAAGAGAAAUAUAUUACAGUGCAGCCCUACAGCAGUCAGGGGAAGGAUGAGAUUGGAUUUGACAAAGGAGUCACAGUGGAGGUAAUUCAGAAGAACCUGGAAGGGUGGUGGUACAUUAGUCUUUAUGGGCACAUUCGGGCCAAUAAAGCCAAAUCCCACCAAACAAAGAGCAUUCACAUUUACCCAUACUUAGAUGACUGCCUCAUUCAGGCACUUUCUCUGGAAGAGGGAUUCCAGUUGCCAAAACCUCCUGAACCCCCAGCCGUUGAAGUGGAGUACUAUACAAUAGCAGAAUUCCAAUCCUGUAUAUCAGAUGGCAUUAGCUUUCAUGGAGGACAAAAGGCUAACGUUAUUGAGAAGAACUCUGGUGGCUGGUGGUAUGUACACAUUGGAGAGCAAGAGGGCUGGGCUCCAGCUUCAUACAUUGACAAAAGAAAAAAACCUAAUUUGAAUAGAAGAACAAGUACUCUGACCAGACCUAAAAUCCCACCACCAGCACCUCCUAGUAAACCAAAAGACUGUGAGGAAGGAAUACAAACAGGGGCCUCUUCAUUCAGUGAAACACUGCAAGAUUCUCCCCAAAAACUUAUAUAUGAGGAACCAGAAUAUGAUGUCCCAGCUGUUGGCUUUGACCUUGAACCUGAUUUUGAUGAUGAUAUUAAAAUAUAUGAAAUAGUUCCAAGCCAAGAAGCCAUGCUAGAAAAACUGCAUUUGCAGUCACCAAAGAGACCACCUCUGAAUGCACUGCAGAGGGCAAAAUUUAAAGUUGGUGAAUCUGUUGAAGACAUUGCCCGUGAAGAGGAGACAAUUUAUGAAAAUGAUGGAUUUAGACCUUUCAUUGAAGAUAAUGUGUCCUGUAAAGGGUCAAGCAAAGAAUCAAGUGGUGAUUCAGACUCUGUGAAAAGCUCCUCAUUAUUUACUGCCAGGAGGAGCUCUUCUCCAAAACCAGUUUCUCCAAAAUCUUCUGUAAUUUGGAAUAAAAUUGAGACUUCUACAUUAGGAGAAAUUAGUAAGAGUUCUUUGUUUUCAGGGAGUGAGGAGACAAAGCCACGAUCAUCCUCAGAUGCUAAUUUGCGUGGUGCACCAAAGACUGACACAAAGAGAGAAAUGGAACCAAAGCCAUGGCAGAGCCCUUCAUCCAAAGCUAAACCACUGGUGAGGCCAAAACCACUUGUAACAAAAUCGGAGUCCCAAAGUCAAGAUCAAAUGGAUAUCAGUACUUUACGACGUCAGCUGAGACCUACUAGGCAGCUCAAGAAUGGUCUAAAAUCAUCAAAGAGUGAAGAAAGUGAAAGCACUUUGUCUCAAGGAAACUUAGAACAGGUCAGCUCCAAAAGUUCUACAGAUCUGUCUCCAUCAUCUUCAAACAGUCUGAUCCACUCAAGUAAUCAAGCUUUAUCAACAAGGCCUGAAGGUGAAAAAGAAUUAAAAUGCUUUUAUAGGGCCAUUGAGUCUUAUAUAAAAACUCAGGACACAGAGAUAAGUAUUCCAUGUGGUGCAGAAGUAGAAGUACUGGAAAAGCAAGAAAAUGGUUGGUGGUUUAUUAAAUAUGGUGAUUCUGAAGGUUGGGCACCUUCAUAUUACUUGGAAGCUGUGAAUACACAGGCCAAAAUUUUGCAUACUGAGCCUGAAACUUCCACUGCCAAUAAAAACAUAAGUGAUAACAAAUCAAAUAGUUUAGAAAAAAUAGAGAAGAAGGUGCAAGCAUUGAACAACAUUAAUCAGAACUUAAAGAGGGCAACACCACCAAUUCCAAACAAGCCUCCAGGUGGCUUCACAAAGCCAACUGGUGUAGUCAAUGGGCCAGUCAAACUUAGAAAUGGUGUACGGCAGGUAGCUGUAAGGCCACAAUCAGUCUUUGUUUCUCCUUCAACCAAAGAUAAUAAUAGUGUUUCUGGCAUACUACGCCGAAAUGAGUCUCUGACUUCCACAGAUCAACUGAGGACAGUCCGAAGAAAUUCAUCCUUCAGCACUGCAAGAUCUCAGAUAAAACAGUCUGACAAAUCAAUUGUAGAUGGGUUAGAUAGUUCUAGAAGAUCUAGUCCAAGAAAUGGUAUUCCUGUGUCUACUGUUAGGCCAAAGCUUGUGGAUAAGUCACAGUUCAUUCACAAUAGUCUCAAAGAUAUUUACAUCUCCAUAGCUGAUUAUGCAGGAGAUGAAGAGACACUUGGUUUUGAGGAAGGGACUUCAAUGGAAGUUUUAGAAAGGAACCCAAAUGGGUGGUGGUACUGUCAGAUACUAGAAGGUGGACAACCUUUAAAGGGCUGGGUACCCUCCAAUUAUUUAGAGAAAAAGAACUAAUAUUUACAGAAUAUAUAAUAUUUCUAAUUUAUACAGUAUGUAUAUUUUCAAAUGUUUCAUAAAGUGGAACUAAAGAUACUGAUCAGUGUUAAUGUAACACAAUUCUUUAAACAUAUUUAAACAUAUGAAAUAACAAAUCUUUCAGGAAGUACAGCAAAAAUGCUGACUGUUUUGGGGGCCGACUAAGAAAAAUAGAAACUUAAAGAAAUUUCAUUGAAGAUGGUAGAGAAUGCAAAGAGUGAAUGUACGUUUGCUCAAAUGGUAUAGACGGUGCAUAAUCAGACAUUGCAUCCUGAUAUAAGGUAAUUUUGGGAAAAAAUGGUGCCUUUCCUGUGCCAAAAGUGUAUCCGCUGAGAAAUAUUUUGUGCCAAGCUUGAAGGUUAUUCUGGUACUUGAAUCUAGGCAAGUUUUGAACAAUGACAUGCUACGUAUACUGGAUAGCUGGGAUGAAAAUAAGUUUGUUGAUGAAAGAAAACCAUGCAUUCAUAUGGAAACCUAACACAUUUUGUGAAGAUGGUGGCACACAGCUUCUCGAGUUGCACUAAAUUAUUGCACUUGGCAUCCUACAACCCCCUUCAUUUCCAUCCACAGAGUCUAUAUUUUAUCUUCCAUGUAUUUCUUCAGAAGUAUGUUUUAAGUGUUCCUUAAAACUGUAUGUGGCUAUAUUGGGUUUACCUACUUUUGAAAUGUUGUCAUUGGUUCUUCCUUGUUUCAUGCUCUGUAUCUAUGUUGCAUAUCAGUUAAAACAGUGUCAUGAUCCUUUACUAAGCUUUGCCUACCUGCACAGGCAUUUAAGUAGUUAGAUCUGAAGUAGCUGAAGGGGCAGAAUAUAUUUUUUAACCAUCUUUUUGUCUCCAUGGCCAUUCAUACAAAAUUAACUCAUUCACUUCAAUGGAGCUCAGGAAGUUUGCACUGUAACUUCCAAUGGGCGGAGCCUAAGCCUUUUGACAGAAUCAAAUUAUGUCCUCACAUUUCA